GAGGCCGACCGGGUCUCGUGCUGUCGUCGAAGCGUGUCAUAGUCCGAUUCGGUUCAGGCCGCGACCCCGCUAUCGCGCCCUUUUAUCCGCACGUCUGACCACUGCUGCACCACUCGGCUCGUGCACUUUACGCGUUCACCACUAGCCCGCUCGUUCUUGACGGCUUCUCUCCACUCUCGUCUUGAAUAUUACUCACAGUACUAGUCCUCAAGAAUAUUCAUGCAAACCUGUAACAAUUAGGCACGUGAAGUAUUUUUGGAAUAGUGUCUGAGGUGGUGACCUAUCAGAUAGUGGAAUAGUAGCAACUCGAAGAUGCCCAGUGCAACGGUGAACGGGUUUCAACGAGGCAGCAAGGACGCAGGAGACGUGGUGAUAACGGGCCUGUCGGGCCGCCUGCCGGAGUCCGACACCAUCGACGAGUUCGCGCAGCAGCUCUUCGACGGCGUCGAUCUCGUCACUGCUGACGACAGGCGCUGGACGCCAGGUCUUCAUGGAUUACCAGAGCGCAAUGGAAAACUUAAAGACUUGUCUCAUUUCGAUGCCACAUUCUUCGGUGUACACGCGAAACAAGCACAUCUCAUGGACCCGCAGCUGCGCUUGCUGCUCGAGGUGACGUACGAGGCGAUCGUGGACGCCGGAUACAACCCGGUGGAGCUGCGCGGUAGCCGCACCGGCGUCUACGUCGGCGUCUCCAACUCGGAAACCGACGAGAUGUGGACUCUCGACCCCGACAAGAUCAACGGCUACGCCCUCACCGGCUGCUGUCGCGCUAUGUUCCCCAACCGCAUAUCGUACACUUUCGACUUCAAGGGCCCGUCGUACGCGAUCGACACCGCCUGCUCCAGUUCCAUGUUUGCCCUCGCACAGGCCGUGGACGCUAUAAAAGCGGGACACUGCGACGCGGCGAUCGUCGCCGGUGCUAAUCUUUGUCUAAAGCCUGGAAAUUCCCUUAACUUCCACCGACUGAGUAUGCUGUCUCCGGAGGGGCGGUGCGCGGCUUUCGACGCGGAGGGCCGCGGGUACGUGCGCUCGGAGGCGACGGUGGCGGUGCUGCUGCAGCGGCGCGCGCAGGCGCGGCGCGUGUACGCCGCCGUGCGCGGCGCGCGCAUGAACACGGACGGCCACAAGGAGCAGGGCAUCACCUACCCCGCCGGCGACAUGCAGCGCCAGCUCGCCGCCGACACCUUCCGACAGGCGGGCCUCCGGCCGCAGGACGUCGUCUACGUCGAAGCUCACGGCACCGGCACCAAGGUGGGAGAUCCGCAGGAAGUGAACGCAAUUGCUGAACUGUUUUGUAAAGACCGGAAGACUCCACUACUGCUGGGCUCGGUGAAAUCUAACAUGGGACACUCGGAGCCCGCAUCGGGCUUAUGCUCGAUCGCCAAAGUAUUGAUCGCAAUGGAAAAGGGUGUUAUUCCUGGAAAUCUGCACUACAAAACUCCUAACCCAGACAUCCCAGCACUCAGUGAUGGUCGAAUUAAGGUGGUGGACCGCAAUACGCCGUGGGAGGGCGGGCUGGUGGCGGUGAACUCGUUCGGGUUCGGCGGCGCGAACGCGCACGUGAUCCUGGAGUCGGACGGCGCGGAGGCGGAGGCGGCGGCGGUGCGCGGCGCGGACGCGCUGCCGCGGCUGGUGCUGGCGUCGGGCCGCACCGAGCCCGCCGUGCGCGCGCUGCUGCAGCUGGCCGCCGAGCACGCCGCGCACGCGCCCCUGCACGCGCUGCUCGACGCCGUGCACGCGCGCGCCGUGCCCGGCCACGCGCACCGCGGCUACCGCGUGCUCGCCGACCCGCCCGUCGAGGAAAUUAUUGAACUGGAGAGCGGCGAGCCGCGGCCGAUCUGGUUCGUGUUCUCGGGCAUGGGGUCGCAGUGGGCGGGCAUGGCGCGCUCGCUGAUGCACGUGCCGCCGUUCGCGGCCGCCGUGCAGCGUGCGGCUGCCGCUCUCCGGCCGCACGGCGUCGACCUGCUGCACGUGCUCACUGACGCGCCCGACACUGCCUUCGAGGACGUCGUCAACUCCUUCGUGUCCAUCGCGGCCGUGCAAGUAGCACUUGUCGACGUGUUGCGCGCCGUCGACAUUCGUCCCGACGGCAUCGUCGGACACUCCGUCGGCGAACUAGGGUGCGCGUAUGCAGACGAGACCCUAACGGCGGAGCAGGCCGUCUUGGCGGCGUACUGGCGUGGGCGCAGCAUCGUGGAGGCUGCGCUGCCGCCGGGCGCGAUGGCCGCUGUUGGCCUCACGUGGGAGCAGUGCGUCGAGCGUUGUCCGCCCGACGUGGUUCCCGCUUGCCACAACGCCGCCGACAGUGUUACAGUAUCUGGUCCAGUUCCGUCAAUAGAGAAGUUUGUGGCCGAGUUGUCAGCGGCGGGAACAUUCGCGCGCCGCGUGAACAGUAGCGGCGUAGCGUUCCACAGCAAGUACAUCGCGGCGGCCGCGCCGCUGCUUCGCGAUCGCCUACGGACCGUCAUACCCGAUCCCAAGCCGCGCUCGUCGCGCUGGGUCUCCUCCUCGCUUCCCAAAGAUCAGUGGAACUCGGAGAUCGCGAAGCUGAGCGACGCGGAGUACCACGUGAACAACCUGCUGUCGCCGGUGCGGUUCGCGGAGGCGCUGGCGGCGGUGCCGGCGCGCGCGCUGGUGGUGGAGGUGGCGCCGCACGCGCUGCUGCAGGCGGUGCUGCGGCGCGCGCUGCCCGCGGCCGCCGCGCACGUGCCGCUCGUGCGCCGCGACCGGCCCGAGCCGCGCGUGCAGCUGCUGGCCGCGCUGGGCCGGCUGUUCGCGGCGGGCGCGCAGCCGGCGGCGGGCCGGCUGUACCCCGCGGCGGCGUGGCCGGUGCCGCGCGGCACGCCGGGGCUGGCGGCGCGCGUGCGCUGGGACCACUCCGUGCAGUGGAGCGUGGCGCACUUCGGCGGCGCCGCGCGCUCCGGCGAGCACGUCGUCGAGCUCGACCUCGCGCGCGCGCCCGACGCCUACCUCGCCGGCCACCGCAUCGACGGCCGCGUGCUCUUCCCUGCCACUGGAUACAUUACUCUCGUGUGGCGAACCAUGGCCAAACUACACAAUAAAAAAUUCGAAGAAACCCCUGUAGUCCUCGAAGACUUACAGCUUAGGCGAGCCACUAUAAUGUCACAAGACGCCCCCGUUCGUUUCUUGGUGAACAUUCUGGACGGCACUGGCGAGUUCGAAUUGAGCGAAGGAGGCAGCGUGGUCGUCACGGGUAAAGUGCGCAUCGCUGAGGAGCCGGCCGCCGAGCGACUCGUCCUGCCGCCCGUCUCCGCCGCCGAUGAACCGGACUUGCUUCCUCUCGUUACCGACGACAUCUACAAAGAAUUACGACUCCGUGGAUACAAUUACAGUGGAGUAUUCCGCGGAAUACGCAGCUCCGACCCGAGGGGUACGAGAGGUGAACUCGAAUGGAACGGUAACUGGAUAUCUUUUAUGGACACGAUGCUUCAGUUCAGUCUCAUCGGUGCGAACACGCGGGAACUAUAUCUCCCGACUCGUAUACAGCGCGUGUCGAUCGACCCCGCAGCGCACCUGGCCGCCGGCGCCGGCGUCGACGUGCUGCCGGUGCGGCGCGAGCCCGAUGUCGACGUCGUUCUCUGCGGUGGCCUGGAGUUCCGGGGAGUCAAGACCAGCCUCGCGCCGCGCCGAACCAAUGUACAGUCCCCGCCGAAGCUGGAGAAAUAUGUAUUCGUGCCGUACGACAACUCGAAAAUUAUCACCGAGGACGCGUCGCGGUCUAAGCGGGACGCGCUCACCGUUAGCUUACAGCUGGUGCUGGAGAACGCGGGCACGCUGCGCCUGAAAGUGACCGAGGCGGCGCUGGGCCGGCCCGCGGACGCGCUGCUGGCGCCGCUCGCGCUGCAAGUGCUGGAGACCGAGCCGCAGGUGCGGGUCGACGUCAGCCUGGCCGCCGGCACCGCGGCCGCCUCCUACACGGCGGCCGUUCAACAUCUGGGUAUAAAGGUGACUACGAGGGACGCGAGCGAGACGGCGCCCGACAGCGGGUGCCACCUGGUGCUGGCGAGCGGCGUGGCAGCGCGCGAGGACGGCGGCGCGACGCUGGGCCGGCUGGCCGAGGCGCUCUGCGAGGGCGGCAUGGUGCUGCUGGAAGAGGCGCCCGCGGCGCUGGGCGGCGCGGCGGCGGAGCGGGCCGGGCUGGAGCCCGUGUCGCGGCAGGCGGCCGCCGGGCACGAGUACGUGCUGCUGCGGCGGCGCGCGGCGGCCGCCGAGCUGGCGGUGGUGGAGCUGGGCGCGGAGCGCUCGUUCGGCUGGGUGGCGCGGCUGCGCGCGGCGCUGCGGCGCGCGGAGGCCGCGGAGGCCGCGGAGGCCGCGGGCGCGGCGCUGCGCGUGGCGGCGGUGUCGCGCGCGGCGGCCGGCGGCGCGCUGGGGCUGGCCGCGUGCCUGCGCGCCGAGCCGGGCGGCCGCGCGCUGCGCGUCUUCCACCUGCCCGGCGAGCGCGAGCCCUUCUCGCCCGCCGCGCCCGCGUACGCGGCGCAGCUGCGCAAGGACUUGGCCGUCAACGUGCUGCGCGACGGCGUCUGGGGAUCCUACAGGCAUCUGCUGCUCGACGACCUCGCCGAUGCUCAGCUGCAGGUGGAGCACGCGUACGUAAACACUUUGACUCGCGGCGACUUGUCAUCGCUGCGGUGGAUCGAGAGUCCGCUGAGAUUUGCGAGCGAGAUGCAGUGGCCGCCGCACACGGACCUGUGCCGCGUUUACUACGCACCGCUCAACUUCCGCGACAUCAUGUUGGCCACCGGCAAGCUGCCGCCGGACGCGCUACCGGGCAACCUCGCCGGACAGGAGUGUAUCCUGGGGCUCGAGUUCAGCGGGCGGUCGUCGAGCGGCGCGCGCGUGAUGGGCAUGGUGGCGGCGCGCGGGCUCGCGACCAGCGUGGUGGCCGACAAGGGGUUCCUGUGGGAGGUGCCUGCGGCGUGGUCGCUAGAGCAGGCGGCGACGGUGCCGGUGGCGUACGCGACGGCGUACUACGCGCUGGCGGUACGCGGGCGCAUGCGGCGAGGCGAGGCAGUGCUGGUGCACGCGGGCACCGGCGGCGUGGGGCAGGCCGCCAUCGCGAUCGCGUUACACGCCGGCUGCACCGUGUUCGCAACCGUGGGCACGGCCGAAAAGCGCGCCUUCCUACGCGAGCGCUUCCCGGCGCUGGACGACGCCAACAUCGGCUGCUCGCGCGAUACCUCCUUCGAGCAGAUGGUGAUGCGACGCACGCGCGGCCGCGGCGUCGACCUCGUGCUCAACUCGCUCGCCGCCGACAAGCUGCUCGCCUCGGUGCGCUGCUUGGCUGAGGGCGGCCGCUUCCUGGAGAUCGGCAAGCUCGAUCUUUCUAACAACACUUCUCUCGGUAUGUCGAUCUUCUUGAAGAACACGACAUUUCACGGCAUCCUUCUGGAUGCGUUGUUCGAUGCGCAUGGCGACGACGCGGAUAAGGCGGCGGUAGUGCGCUGUAUGGCGGAGGGUAUCGCCACCGGCGCCGUCCGCCCGCUGCCUGCCACCGUCUACGCCGACCACCAGCUCGAGCAGGCCUUCCGAUACAUGGCGACCGGCAAGCACAUCGGAAAAGUGUUGUUGCGCGUACGCGAAGAGGAGACUGGGUCGGCGCAGCCCGCUACCAAGCUGAUAUCCGCUAUCCCGCGCACCUACAUGCACCCCGCCAAGAGCUACGUGUUAGUGGGUGGCCUCGGCGGGUUCGGGCUCGAGCUGGCGCAGUGGCUGGUGGUGCGCGGCGCCACGCGGCUCGUGUUGAACUCGCGCAGCGGCGUCCGCACCGGCUACCAGAGCAUGUGCAUCCGCAGGUGGCGCGAGGCCGGCGUGGCGGUGCUGGUGUCGCAGGCGGACGCGACCGGCGCCGGCGGCGCGCGCGCGCUGCUGCGCGAGGCGGCCGCGCUGGGGCCCGUCGGCGGCGUGUUCAACCUGGCCGCCGUGCUGCGCGACGCCUUCCUCGAGAACCUCACGGCCGCGGACUUCGAGGCGGUCGCGAAGGCGAAAGUGGACGGCACGCAGGCGCUGGACGCGGCGACGCGCGAGCUGGCGCCGCAGCUGGACUACUUCGUGGCGUUCUCGUCGGUGUCGUGCGGGCGCGGCAACCCCGGCCAGAGCAACUACGGCUACGCCAACUCCGCCAUGGAGCGCGUCGUCGAGCGGCGCCAGGCCGACGGGCUGCCCGGGCUCGCCGUGCAGUGGGGCGCCAUCGGCGAGGUGGGGCUGAUCGUGGACACGAUGGGCGGCGACGAGACGGUCGUGGGCGGCACGGUGCCGCAGCGCGUGGCCUCGUGCAUGGAGGCGCUGGGGACGCUGCUGGCGCAGCCGCACGCCGUCGCCGCCAGUAUGGUGCUGGCGGACAAGCGCCGCGGACCCGUUGCGCCCACGCAAGACGUCGUGCACGUCGUCGCCAACAUCCUCGGAAUCAAGGAUCCGAGCCGGACAUCGCCCACGGUGAGCCUCGCCGAGCUCGGAAUGGAUUCACUGAUGGGAGCCGAAAUAAAGCAGACGCUCGAGCGCAGUUACGACCUGGUGCUCGGCGUGCAGGAGAUUCGCUCGCUCACCUUCGAUAAACUCCGCGAAUUGACCGGCGAGGGCGGCGGCGCGGACGCUGCGGCCCAGCCGACGGCCGCCGCGCCGCGGCCGGGCGAGCUGGUGCAGGUGGCGACGCUGCGCGAGCUGGUGCCGACGCAGACGCUGGUGGAGCUGCCGUCGGCGGGCGGCGCGGGCGGCGCGGGCGGCGGGCGCUGCGUGUUCAUGGUGCACCCGCUGGAGGGCGCGGCGGACGCGCUGCAGCCGCUGGCGGCGCGCGUGCGCGGCGGCGUGCGCGCGCUGCAGUGCGCGGCCGACGCGCCGCUGGCCGCGCUGCCGGCGCUGGCGCGCCACUACGUGCAGCACGUGCGCGCGGCGCAGCCGCAGCCGCCCUACGUGCUGCUCGGCUACUCCUUCGGCGCUAGCGUCGCCUUCGAGAUGACGCUGCAGCUCGAGGAGAUGGGCUGCGAAGUACACCUGAUACUGGUAGACGGCUCGCCUGCAUACGUAGCCAAGCACACCUCUCUCGGAAAAACGAAGAACGUGCCGCGCACGAACGCGAGCGAUGAAGCCGACGCGCUCGCCGCGUUCGCGCAGCUCUUCACAGCGGAGGUGGACGGCGCCAAGCUGGCGGCUGAGCUGGUGCAGCUGGCGUCCCUGGAGGAGCGUGUGCGGCGCGUGGCCGAGCUGCUGGCGGCCGCCACGUCGCACGCCACCGCCGAGUUGGCGCCGGCCGCCGCUGCCUUCUAUGGCCGGCUGGCCAUGGCGGACGCGUACCGGCCCGGCGGCCGCGUGCGUGCGCCCGUCACGCUGUUCCGCGCGCGUGACAACUACGUCACGCUCGACGACCACUACGGGCUGCGCGAGCUGUGCGCCGGCCCGCUUGCCGCGCACCAGCUGCCCGCCGACCACCGCUCCAUCCUCGCGGGCGAGCCGGCGCAAGCCAUCGCCGACCACGUCAGCGCCACGCUGCAGCGGCUCGCUGCUGACCAGUAGUGGUCCGCCGCCGCGGCGUCGCGCGGUCGCCGCCGCCGCCGGCGCCGCCACCGGCGCGGGCGCACGUAGCUAGCACUAUAUAUGAAGAGUGAUUUGCAUCCCGGUCGAGAACCAAGUUGUAUACGGUGUAUGAAGUGCAAGCGAGUGAUGCUCUUUAUUGCCAUCUUUAUUAAGUGUAUUCCACGAUAAAAAUACUAAGAUCCAGUUUAUACGUAUUGUAUUGCCUAGUAUGUACCUAGAGGUCGUUAUGAAACCAUAACCUUAACAUAAUAUAUAAGAGUAAGGAUAGCAUCUAUUCGCAAUUAAUACAAUCGACGACAGCUGUUAUCCAAUUUUAAAUAUAAUUGUCCGGUUUUAAUAUUAAUAGGGUUUAUCUGAUCUUGACACUUUAUUGAAUGGAAUGAAAUAAAAUAUUUACCCCACUUAAACUUACGACUAACUACUGACAUUAGAUUUUGCAAUGAUAAACGUGUGUCAAAACAUAAUCAAUAAUAAUAAAUAUGUACUAAAUGUAAACGAAAGCUUAAAUGUGAGUAUAUAAUAUCGGUAUAAAAAAAAAAAACUACUGGGUAUCUUUGCUAGGUCAUUAAGUAAAUACGAACAACGCCAUCUAGAAUCUAUUUUUAUAACUAAAGAUAAUUAUAAUUUUCUUGUACAUUAGGUAUUUAUUUAUGUAUGUAUCUGCCUAUUUUACACAUAAUAUUAUAAUUAAUGUACUGAAAACUAAUUAGACACCGACAUAAUAACAUAUCGUUGUCAUGUACCAUAAAGGUGACGAUAUGUGGAUAUAUGUAUAAUAAAUAGAUAUCAUAAUAAAUAUAAGCAUACACAAAUUUUCUGAAUAAUCUUCUGGUACCAAUAGUCCAUUUGUUUAUAAUUUUGUGACAAAUUAUUAUCUAGCAAAUCUCUACUGAGUAUCGCGGGCACGUUAGUUUAAUAAGAUUGGACAUUGAUGUAGAUAUAAUUAGUUACUAUGAUUUAAUAUUCGGUAGAGCGUAGCUCAUUAGCAUCGUUGUGAUAUUAUACCUACUACAAUCGCUGGAAGCGGCGCGUAUUGUACAUGUACAUGAUUGACGUAUUGUGUGUAUGCGUGUUGUUUGUGUGAGUAUACAUAUAUUGUAACCACAGCUGCUACAGCUGACUGCGGGUGCGCGUAUGUACGACGUACGACUCCACUUGACGUCGAUAACUUUAUGUAAAUAGCUGUAACAUGUUACUAGACGUUAAUUCCGCGUAUGACUGUUGUGGUACCUAUGUAAUUUAUUUUGUUAUGCAUAUUGGCCGAGCUGACAGGCGACAGCGCAUUGUGAUUAAAAGUGCAUUAUUUUCUAAAA